GCAGCAACAACAGCAACAACAAAAACAUAAACAACGACAACCGCGACAAUGGCACAUCGCCCUCGGACCUAUCCCAAGACAAAAUAAUUUGUGCUUUGCACUCGACGCCAACGUUCCCUGUUUACUUUUGAUAGGCAAUAAAAAGUCAAAUAAGACAAAGCAAAUACCAAACGAUUCCAUGAAGCGUGAAUUGGGGCGAAAGCGAAUGCAGGGCACAAAAACAAGAUGCAGGAUCAAUGCGAAUAUCGGUCUUUUAUCGCUGCUGCGAAAACUGCGACCAAAUCCGGAAAAGGAAGCGCGGAUUCUGCUGCUUGGUUUGGACAAUGCCGGCAAGACAACAAUUCUGAAGCAGCUGGCAUCCGAGGACAUAACAACUGUAACGCCCACAGCGGGAUUUAAUAUCAAGUCUGUAGCCGCAGAUGGCUUUAAGCUAAAUGUGUGGGACAUUGGCGGCCAAUGGAAGAUUCGACCGUAUUGGAAGAAUUACUUUGCCAAUACAGAUGUUUUGAUCUAUGUUAUUGACUGUACAGAUCGCACACGUUUUUCGGAGGCAGGCAGUGAGCUCUUUGAGAUGCUGAUGGAUAAUCGGCUGAAGACGGUCCCUUUGCUGGUCUUUGCCAACAAACAGGACUUGCCCAAUGCUAUGACUGCCUCCGAAGUGGCCGAGAAAAUGGGUUUAGUGCGUCUGCAGGAGCGCACUUGGGAGAUCAAGGCUUGUACUGCGGUCGAUGGUACAGGGCUGAAGGAAGGCAUGGACUGGGUGUGCAAGAAUAUGAAGAAGUAAUCUCUUAAUUUUAUUAUGCUAAUGUAAGAUGAAAGCUAUUAACGUGCACUGAUCAACUAUUAAAAUACACGCAAUAAUAAUUAUUAUAAAUUGGUUAAA